AUGAACGCAUUACUCGAUCCCCAGUUUGAAGUGGUCGUUGGAUCGUUACCUGAGAGCACCUUUGUAGAAGUCUUUCGCUUGCUGUCUCCUGCCUACUUUGUUGAUCCGUUCCGAGCAAUUUACCGUUCGUUGCAUCCAUAUGUCGUAGAGGUCAGAGCGUACCGGCCGUUGGAGUCGAUCUUCGAUGAGUUCGCCUGCAAUCUUGCCUCGAUCGUCUCGAUCAGACGGUCGGCGGGUCACACGCUUGGACUGGCAGAGUACACCCAUCUUCUGGACUGUGCGCGGUCAAUCGGAGAUGGGCUGAUGGCGGACCACGUAUGGCAUGCCAUGAAUGAGGACGAUGUUAUCCCCGAUGUGCAUUGCUUCAAUCACUACAUGGAAGCCAAGGUCUGGGAUAGAGCCUACACUGGUCGGCAGAAGUAUCGUCUGCGAAUGACGCCGUUCGCUUAUCGUAAGCGACGCUUCGUCGACCCAGGCCCGGGAUGGGAAGGCUAUGGGACUGCCGGCCGCAGUGUCCGCAAGGAGGUCAUGGAGAUCUUCGGCGCGAUGACAGAAGAAGGGACAUCGGGCGACGAGGCUACUUUCGUGAAUGUGAUUCUGGCGUCUAGCAGAGUGGGAAAGAUGUUCGCAAUGAAGCACGUGUUGAAGACGGUUUGGAGCGUCGACAUCGACGCCCUGGCGGCGCAAGGAGACCCAUCGACUCUACCUCGCCCCAUGGAAUACGAUCGUUCAUCACCUCUGUAUCCGAGUAGUCGCCUCUUGUUCGCCAUCGCACACGCCUUUGGCACUAACAACGACAUUUCCGGAGCCCUGCGGGCAAUCGACUUCAUAUCCAGCUCUUACGACAUUCCGGUCCCAGAAGAGGUCUGGCUAGAGCUGCUCGAGCGGUCGUUCGUUCUCUCUCGCCCCCGUUGGGGUGAGGAUGCCGAGCGCAAUGAAAAGGGGAAAGUUCCAUAUGAGUUCCUGAGCACCAUGGUCGAAACCAUGAUGUCGGAGCCUUUCCGCGUCCAGCCCACGAUGGAGAUGUACCAAAUGCUGGCCAAGACAGCGUGGGACCAGGUCAAGCUACCAGAUUUCAAACAAUACAUGCAGUCAGCAUACGCGAUUCUCGAAGAGACCCGACGCAAACGCCGAACUGCCCGAGCGAUCGUCGAAAACUACCUGGGUCCGCCUCCAUCGAAGGCGACAGCAUCCGAACGCCGCGAGCCGUCGGUCGACCACACACUGCUCCAGUCCCGAGCAUUCACCGAGGCAGUACAUACAUACGACGUGCUGCGCAUGCGCACUGCCCAGCAGACCAUCAUCAUGGAACGCCUCGCGAGAUGGCUCCUCCUCCACCCUCGCUGGGUCGGCCGCGACAACCCUGUCUGGGAGCGUCAUCUUCUUCCCCGCGUGAUCGAAGAGUGGCAGGACUUCCUACCCGACGCGUUAUUCCUCCAUAUUAGAGAGGCGGAAGUCCAAUUCCACGGAGAAACUCACUGGGGUGAGCGCCUCGUGAACACACACAUGAGGGUGCCGGUCCGCCGGCCGACUGUCGAUAACGGCCUGGUCCUCGACGAAGACGCCCGGGAACUCGACGACGACUUCUUCUGGGCGUGCUACCCUGCUGAAUUGCGGGCUAUGGAAAUCCCCGCUCUUCGGCGGUUGUUCUGGGGAGUGGAGGAACGGGUCGUCAACACAGUGAGACGGAGACCUGUCGCAGAAGACGCAGUUGAAGCCGACGCGGUGGACGAACGGUCUGGAGCUUUGCCUCGUGCUGCGGAAGCGGCGCCCUCGCAGAGACCGGUUGGGUGGACAGCGGACGGCGAGGAUGUCUUUGAUCCCACAACUGGUCAUCUCAUUGUUGCUUGA